AUGGUAAAUCCACCAGUUUCUUAUGAUGUUGGAUCCCCUAGCCAAUCGGAAGAGGAACAUAAAGAACAGCUCCCAGCACCGGUAUCCGAACAACCAGAAACUGAACCAACCAAACCAGAAAAAGAAGAACCUAUGCCUAAUACAGAAGAGCCCAACCAAGAACCAGAGACAUACGAACAGGAAGAUAAGCCCGUUCAAGAGCCUGCAGAGCUAGAGAAAGAUCCAGAAGAACCUAUUGCUAACCCCAGCGAGGAAAACAAUGAACCUCCAGCUCCAGGAAAUGACAAUAAACCAAUUGAAGAACCGGCUGAACCGACAGGACAAGUAGAACCUGAACCUGAAAAUCCAGAAGUUCCGGAACCAGGAAACGAUGAACAAGAAAAUCCUGAACCUAUACUUGAACCAGGAAACGAGUCAGAAAAUCCCGAACUUGUACCCGAACCAGGAAACGAAGAACCAGAAAAUCCUGAACCUAUACCUGACCCAGGAAAUGAAGAACCAGAAAAUCCCGAACCAGGAAAUGAAGAACCAGGAAAUCCUGAAUUGGUACCAGAGCCAGGAAACGAAGACACAGAAGAAACCAGCGAAGAACCAGCUGAAGAAGCUAAUGAAGAAAAAGAUAAACCGGAUAUUAUGAGCGAACUGCUUAAGAGCGAACAAUUUUGGAAAUGGUUAGGAGAAUGGACCGCGACCUACAUGGAACUUUUAGAAAAGCAUAUAAGGAAAAUAGCAAUCCAAGAAAUAUGCAACCGCGAGAAAUCUGGUGAACAGAUGUGCCUCCUGGAAGACAAACCUGAAGAUGAUGAUAAUAAUGGAGUUAUAAUCAAAGAUGGGAAGAUCAUUGUAGACGGUAAAGAAAUAGAUAUAACAAACACGGAUAAUUUAGACAAAGACCUAAAGAGACAUCAAAACAAUAAAUGGGAUAAUGAUAAGAAAAAUAAAAAUGAAAAUAAGAUAGAAGCAUCUACAAUCUAUGGUAAUUCGGUAGGAAAUGAGAAAGUAACUAAUGUUUUUAUAUUUACCGCUGACAAAGCUGAUGAGAUUGUAGAGAAUUUGAAACCAGAUAGCGAAUCUGAAGUUGACUUGGUAAUUGACGAUAACAUAAAAGAAAACGAAAAUAAGAAGUCUACAGAAGUUGUUGACCAAUCAGAAUCAAAUUUAGGAAAUACUGAAUCUAACACAAGUGAAGUAAAUAAAGAAGAAGGUAAUAAUGAAGAAACAUACGAAGGUGAGGUUAACAAGGAAGAACCGAACGAAGAUAACAUAAACGAAUCAAAUAACAGUGAACCUGAAGAACUUAAUAAUGAAGAAGUUAUCAAAGAAAGUGAGGGUGAUAUCGAAGAAUUAAAUGAAAACGAAUCAAUUGAAGGCGAAGCUAACGAAGAGUCAAAUAAAGAUGCAAAGGAACCUAAUAAAGAAGAAUCCGCGAGUGACAUAAAAGAAUCAAAACGCGGAGACGAGUCAACGUUAGAACCUAGUGAAAGCGAAUCAAAUUAGAAAACUACUCGUACGAAU